AUGACUAAGAUUCAUAAAAAAAUCCCAACAGGAAGAGCCCAGGAGUGUAAUCAAUUUCAGAAGAAUUUUGGUCAGAAUUCAAACCAUACUGCUCAUCAAAAAAAUGCUACAAAAGAGAGACCUCAUAAAUGUGCUACCUGUGACAAAAGUUUCAAAUACAAUUGUGACCUUAUUCAACACCAGAGAAUUCACACUGGAGAGAAACCCUAUAUUUGCGAUGAAUGUGGAAAAGGUUUCAGUCGUAGCUCAUUACUUACUAGACAUGAGAGAACUUGCACAGGAGAAAAACCUUAUAGAUGUAAUGAUUGUUGGAAAAGCUUUAGUCAAAGCUCACAUCUUAUUCAGCAUCAGAGAACUCAUACUGGAGAGAAACCCUAUGAAUGUAUUGAGUGUGGUAAAAGCUUCAUUCAGAGCUCACAGCUUAUUCAACAUCAGAGAAUUCAUACUGGAGAGAAACCUUAUGGAUGUAAAGAAUGUGGGAAAGGCUUUAGUUCAAGUUCCCACCUUACUCAGCAUAGAAGAAUCCAUACUGGAGAAAGGCCUUAUGGAUGUGAUGAAUGUGGAAAAGCCUUCAGUCAAAGUUCACACCUUAUUCUACAUCAGAGAACUCACACAGGGGAGAAGCCCUAUGAAUGUAUGGAAUGUGGGAAAUGCUUCAGUUGUAGCUCUCACCUUGCUCAACACCAGAGAAUUCAUACUGGAGAGAAACCAUUUGAAUGCAAUGAAUGUGGUAAAGCUUUUUGUCUGAACUCACAACUUAUGCGACAUCAGAGAACUCACACAGUAGGAGAAAAACUCUAUAAGUGUAAUGAAUGUAGCAGAGCCUUCAGUCAGAGCUCACAUCUUAUUCAGCACCAGAGAAUCCAUACAGGAGAGAAACUUUAUAGAUGUGUUCAAUGUGGGAAAGCUUUCAGCAGAAGCUCAAACCUUAUUAGACAUCAGAGAACUCACACUGGAGAAAAACCUUAUAAAUGUAAUAAAUGUUCCAAAGGCUUCAGUAGGAACUCAAACCUUAUUCAGCAUCUGAGAACUCACACUGGAGAGAAACCCUAUGAAUGUAAUGACUGUGGAAAAGGCUUUAAUUGCAGCUCACAUCUUGCUCAGCACCAGAGGAUCCAUACAGGAGAGAAACCUUAUAGAUGUCAUGAAUGUGGGAAAGGCUUCAGUUCGAGCUCCCAUCUUACCCAGCAUCAAAGGAUCCAUACAGGUGAGAAACCCUAUGGAUGUGAGGAAUGUGGCAAAGCCUUCAGUCAGAGCUCACACCUUAUUCUACACCAGAGAAUUCAUACUGGAGAGAAACCCUAUGAAUGUAGCGAAUGUGGGAAAGGCUUCAUUUGUAGUUCACAUCUUGCUCAACAUCAGAGAAUUCAUACUGGAGAGAAACCUUAUGGUUGUGAAGAAUGUGGUAAAACUUUUUGCUUGAAUUCAUGACUUACUCAACAUCAGAGAACUCAUACUGGAGAGAAACCUUAUAAAUGUAAUCAGUGUUUGAAAGAAUUUAGUAGGAACUCAAAUCUUAUUCAACAUCAGAGAACUCACUCUGGAGAAAAGCCUUAUGAAUGCAAUGAGUGUGGUAAAGGCUUUAUUCACAGCUCACAACUUAUACAGCAUCAAAGAAUCCAUACUGGAGAGAAACCAUAUGGAUGUAAUGAAUGUGGGAAAGGUUUCAAUUCUAGUUCAAACCUUAUUCAGCAUCAGAGAAUCCAUACUGGAGAGAAACCCUAUAAAUGUAAUGAAUGUGGUAAAGCCUUCAGUCAGAGUUCACACCUCAUUCUUCAUCAGAGGACUCACACUGGAGAAAAGCCUUAUGAAUGUAAUGAAUGUGGGAAAUGUUUUAGCUGCAGCUCACAUCUUGCUCAACAUCAGAGAAUUCAUACUGGAGAGAAACCCUAUAGAUGUAAUGAAUGUGGCAAAGCCUUUUGUCUGAACUCACAGCUUAUUCAACAUCAGAGAACUCAUGCUAUAGGAGAGAAACCUUAUAAAUGUAAUGAAUGUGGAAGAAGCUUCAGUCAAAGCUCACAUCUUACUCACCAUCAGAGAAUCCAUACAGGAGAGAAACUCUAUGGAUGUGUUGAAUGUGGGAAGGCUUUUACUCGAAGUUCAAACCUUAUUCGACAUCAGACAUCACACACUGGUGAGAAACCCUAUAAGUGUCAGGACUGUGGCAAAGCCUUUAUUCAGAGCUCACAACUUAAUAAACAUCAAAGAAUUCACAUUAGAGACUUUGCUAGAGAGAAAAACAUAUAA